AUGUCAUCUCUUGACGCGGCUGCGGAUCAGCCGGACGCGCAUGACCAGACCCUGAUCGUCGACAACGCGGUCGCCUUGACACUCAGCACCGAUUCUCUCCAGGUCGUCGAUGAUCGAACCUCUAGCAAACCGGGCCGGCGCUGCUGCGGGUUAUACAAGAAGGAGAAGACGAAAACAACCUACGCAAUUUCCCUAUACAACGUCCUUGACGCCGAAGUGACUGCCUCGUCCCUGGCCAUCACCUACGCCCAACAUUCGACAAAGAAUGAUGUCUCCGUGACCUCCCUCCACUACCCUAUAACCGAGAAAGAAAAGCCUGCGGUCGAGGCAUGGACUGAAAGACUUGUUGAGCUCUCCUACGGUACUUCUCAGCGUAAAAGGCGCCUAAAGGUCUUGAUCAACCCUUUUGGUGGAAAAGGAACCGCUGCGAAUCUCUACAAGACAUAUGCAGCACCGAUUUUUGCCGCGGCGCGAUGCCAGGUUGACGUGCAGACCACCCAACACCGCGGACACGCCAUUGAAAUCGCGGAACAGCUUGACCUCGAUGCGUAUGACGCGAUCAUAUGUUGCUCGGGUGAUGGUCUACCCUAUGAAGUCUUUAACGGCCUAGGUAAACGGCCCAAUGGUCGAGAAGCGUUGGCUAAGAUGCCAGUUGCGCUGCUUCCUUGUGGCUCCGGUAAUGGCAUGACAUGGAACUGUCUUGGCACAGAAAGCGUCUCCGUGGCAUCAUUGGCACUCGUCAAGGCAUUUCGAACACCCCUAGACUUGGUCUCUGUCACUCAGAAAAACACUCGCACGCUGUCCUUUCUUUCACAGUCCUUUGGCAUUGUUGCCGACUCAGACCUGGGCACUGAUAACAUUCGGUGGAUGGGCGCUCAGCGGUUCACGUACGGUUUCCUGGUUCGCCUGAUGCAACGCAUGAUCUACCCUUGUGAUCUGGCAAUCAAGGUCGAAAUGAGUGACAAGAGGGUCAUUAAGGACCAUUACAGAUCCUAUGUAUCCCAAGAAUAUGACCCUCUGGCGGAUCCCAUCCGAGUCGAGGCUGCAAGCCAGUCACCGGCACUACCUGAACUUGAAUAUGGCACUGUUGAAGAUCAAGUCCCCAAGGACUGGGAAGUUGUGCCAGGCGAACACAUGGGCAACUUCUAUGCGGGUAACAUGGCUAUCAUGUCCAAGGAUACUAGCUUUUUCCCUGCCUCCCUCCCAGGCGAUGGGUUGAUGGACAUCGUCACAAUCGAUGGAACUGUUAGCCGCACUACCUCGAUCAAAAUGAUGAAUGAGAUUCCUACGGGUGGAUUUUUCGACAUGGCAGAUGUGAACAUUCGCAAAGCCAAGGCAUUUCGCUUGGUGCCGCACGAAAACGACGGCUAUAUAAGCAUUGAUGGUGAGAAGGUGCCAUUCGAGGCGUUCCAGUGCGAAAUCCACCAAGGACUUGGCACAACGCUCACCAAGUCGGGCCAUAUGUAUGAAGCCGAAGGGCCGAAGUGA